AGUCACCGGGUGGGUCAUACAGACGGAAAUUUUGUCGUCGUCGUCGUCGUCCUCGCCUCCUCCUGAUGAGAGCAUAGGAUGCGAUUCUCGUAUCCAUGGACAACCGUCGCGGCCCUUGAUGGUACAUCCUCCGAGGUCACAAGUUGGCUCGGAAAUGAACGAGUGUCGAAUGGUCGAGAAUCAAGUGACUGUUUGACGGCCCAGAGCCAAGCUGUGGGUCAAUGCGAAUCCUCUCCCUUCACGGUUCAGAGACUAGACACCUCGUUCCCCUUUCCCCCGCAUGAACGUCGAGUCAACAACCAAAUAUUAUGAGCGUCCAGGGAGAUGAUCGCGACUCGACAGGCCGUCAAAGAUGUCAUGAUGCAUGUUG